AUGACUGACUUCAAAGUUCCAGACUCUUUCUACGAAUCUCUCAAAUCUACUUACAGUAAAGCUGUUGAAUCUGGAGACUUGGUAUUUACACCUACUUCAACAAUCUAUACUAAUGUGGACGAUGUUUCCUACGUCUACAGCGUGAUCCCAACCCUCAAGCAAAAACCACAGGGUAUUCCAAAACCUAGUGAAGAAGAACAAGAAGAGGAACAAGAAGAUUCUUCAGCUCCUUUUGAUCCCUUUGACCCCCCAAGCCCUCCUUUAUUGGUUUUACCUGAUUAUGCAAAUAACUACGCUGUUGUUCUCAACAAAUUUGCCGUCGUUCCAUACCAUUUUAUUCUCAUCACAAAGGACAAAAAGCCCCAAAGUGCACCACUCGAACCCACUGAUCUCCAUGCUGCAUACUCUCUUCUUCGUGCAACUAAUAAGCAAUCCGGUAUCCGCCACGUUGGAUUUUUCAAUUGUGGUGCCAACUCUGGUGCCAGCAUUGAUCAUCGCCAUAUUCAGUUCAUUGAAUUCCCUAAUCCCAAAAGCUCAGAUGGGGCUGUCUACGAACCUUGGCCUGAUGUGAUUGUCAAGCCACACUCAACUACAUACAAAAAUGGCCAAAAACCUAUUUCUGCACAUCACGCCCCAUUCUUUUCGCAUUUCCUGGCCCCAAUUGACACUUCUACAAAGGAAGACGAACUAGCUGAUCACCUAUCUUUUAGAUACUCAACUCUUCUUUCUCGUGUUCUUACCUCCCUACGUCAUUCUUCUCUUCCACCAAGAUCCCCUAUAUCAUAUAACUUGGUUUUUACUGAAGAGUGGAUGCUUGCCGUCCCCCGUACUGCUCCUGAUUUUAUCGAUGCUGAAGCUGAUAUCAAAAUUGGAGUAAACGCGGUUGGUGCCAUCGGUCUCAUUUUGGCCAAGGGUGACGAUGAACUUGAAUACAUUAAGAAAAAAGGUCCAGUCGCUAUUCUUCAAGGUGUAUCUUUGGAAUCUCAAAAGAGAGAAGAAGAUGUGGAUUAUGAUUACUGA